AUGACAUCUAACUAUUCUGGUCCUAUGCCAUUUGAUUGCGAUUAUUCUUAUAAUUCUACUCUGGAAAUUUUGAAAUACCUUGGAACAAUUUCGUAUCUAGUACCCGGAUGUGUAUUACAUCUUUUUAUACUUCGAUCAAUUUUGGUUACUAGAAGAGAUUAUUUCAAGAAUAGCUCGUUUUUCACUAUUUUUGGAUUGGAUUCUGUUGCGAGUAUUAUUUUGAUAGUCUGGGAUGUAUGUUUCGGUCGUCUCAUCCUCUACGUCUCCCCAUUAUGUCCAAUAGUUGGACCAUACUUUUGGAUGCCUUCAAUGAUUCCAAAAAUCUAUUACUACGUGCUGAUUCAUGCAAGAUUCGCGAAAUCAGUAGCUCAGAUAAUCAUGGUUUUGAAUCGAAUGACUUGUGUUUUGAUGCCGACUUCUUAUACUGGAAUUUGGGCAAGACUGACACCUAUAUCAAUUGUUUUGAUAUUUCUAUUGCCUCUUGGAGGUACAUGGAAUCUAUUGUUGUCCCCGAGAUAUUAUUUUGUUCCGUCAUAUGGAGGAUUCGCUGUAAUUUAUGUUAGAGCAGUUACUUGGGCGACUGCCUCCUUGUUCCAAUCCAUCUACAUUCUCACUGCUCUUGGAUUUACUGUCAUCUGCACUUCCAUCACUUUAUACAAACUAAUUCUCCUCCGAGACCGUGUGAAGUCUGCUGAAAGGUCUCUUUGCUUCACUAACAUUUUCAUAUCGUUCACUUUUCUUCUGGUUGCGGCGACACAGCUUUAUUAUCUUGUAUGCAUCCCGUGUAGAACCUCUGACUACCUUUUCGCUGCUCAAUUUUUGGCGUUUGAUACUUUUACUGUUGGGUAA